UACUGUGUUAGAAAGCUUGGAAAGACUCGAUUAGACAAGGCAAAUCUGAUUGUACGCACAUAAUAGGGGAUUAAAGGUUCGGUUGAGAUAAAGCUUGCGUAAAUGAGAUGAAUUCCAAUUUACCCUACGGUGAGGGUUAAGAGAUCAACCUUGUUCUCUAUUGUCAUAUUCAUUACACGUGUAGGGUGUGCUUCUUGGUUUGGUAAUCUAUCUAAAAGAGGCCAAAGGAACGUUGCGUCCGGAUCUGAAAAGUUUAACUAGCCACGCAUGGGCAAUGAUGGCGACGCCAAUAUAUCCCCGUCUACGAAAGCAGCGACUUAUCGGUAUGUAAAAAAAUCAAAAUUUAUGUAUUUUACUGCUAAAGCAAUGCCAAGGCUGUCUAAGCAAUAUACAUCGAACCCAAAGAAGAGCAGCUCCACACCUCAUUUUGAUCAAACACUGUGUAUUUCUGUAGCUCUCCCAGAGGGGAAUGGCGCAAUAGGCGUUGCCCUUGAGAAAUAUCGCUCCUAUUACUGCGUUCAACGUUGCUACGAAAUACACCAUCUUUGCGUCGAGCUUUAUGUGUUUUUCAAGCGGAUCGAAAUUAGAAGAAGGAAAUAA